AUGUCUGGCAUGACUGGGGGCAUGUCUGCCAUGAAUGGGGGCAUGUCUGCCAUGAAUGGGGGCAUGUCUGCCAUGAAUGGGGGCAUGUCUGCCAUGAAUGGGGGCAUGUCUGCCAUGAAUGGGGGCAUGUCUGCCAUGAAUGGGGGCAUGUCUGCCAUGAAUGGGGGCAUGUCUGCCAUGAAUGGGGGCAUGUCUGCCAUGAAUGGGGGCAUGUCUGCCAUGAAUGGGGGCAUGUCUGCCAUGAAUGGGGGCAUGUCUGCCAUGAAUGGGGGCAUGUCUGCCAUGAAUGGGGGCAUGUCUGCCAUGAAUGGGGGCAUGUCUGCCAUGAAUGGGGGCAUGUCUGCCAUGAAUGGGGGCAUGUCUGCCAUGAAUGGGGGCAUGUCUGCCAUGAAUGGGGGCAUGUCUGCCAUGAAUGGGGGCAUGUCUGCCAUGAAUGGGGGCAUGUCUGCCAUGAAUGGGGGCAUGUCUGCCAUGAAUGGGGGCAUGUCUGCCAUGAAUGGGGGCAUGUCUGGCAUGAAUGGGGGCAUGUCUGGCAUGAAUGGGGGCAUGUCUGGCAUGACUGGGGCAUGUAAGAGAAUACAGCAGCUCAUCGUGUGA